AUGCCUGACCAAAAUUUUGAUGAGAAACAACAUAUUGCUGGCCCAAGGUAUGAGGAUUGCGAGCAACAACAUUAUGAACAAGCUAUUGUUGACCAAAAUUAUGAACAAGAAUAUAAUGAACAAGUUAUAGCUGACCAUUACGAGCAAGAACGUAAUGAACAAAUUAUAGCUGACCGAAAUUACGUGCAAGAUCAUAUUGACCAAGCUAGUGCUGCUCAAUAUGAAAAAGAAUAUGGUGAACAACCUGUUGCUGGCCAAAAUUAUGAACAUGAAUAUGAUGAACAAGUUAUAGCUGACCAAAAUUAUGAGCAAGAACCAAAUAAAAAACUUAUUGCUGAAAAUUAUGAGCAACCAAUUGAUGGCCAAUAUUUUGAGCAAGAACAUGCUGAACAAACUAUUGCUGACCAAAAUUCCGAGCAAGGACAUAUUGAACAAGCUAGUGUUGAUCAAUAUGAGCAAGAAUAUGAUGAACAACCUAUUACUGAACAAAAUUAUGAACUAGAAUAUGUGGAAGAACCCAAAACUGACGAAAAUUAUGAGCAACAACCUAUUGUAAACCAAUAUUAUGAGCAAAAACACAAUGAACCACCUAUUGCUAACCAAAAUUAUGAACAAGAAUAUUAUGAUGUCCAACCUAUUGUUGAUCAAAACUAUAAGCAAGUGUAUGAUAAACCACCAAAAGCUGACAGUUAUGAAGAAGCACAUAAUGACCAACAUGUUGGUGACCGUAAUGAGCAAGAAUAUUAUGAACAACCUAUAGAUGAUGAUAAUUAUGAGCAAGAAUAUAUUGAACAACCAAUUGCUGACCAUUAUGAGCGAGAAUGUGAUGAACAACCUUUUACUGACGAAAAUUUUGAACAACAAUCUAUUCCUGAUCAACAUUAUGAACAACCUGUUGCUGACUAUUAUGCAAAAGCAUAUGAUAAACAACAUAUUGCUGACUAUAAUGAGCAAGAAUAUGAUAAACUACCUAUAGUUGAUGAAAAUUAUGAGCAAGAAUAUAUUGAACAAGCAAUAGCUGACGAUUAUGAGCUAGAUAAUGAUGAACAAUCUAUUGCUAACGAAAAUUAUGAACAACCAAUCCCUGACCAAUAUUUUGAACAACCGGUUGCUGACUAUUAUGAAGAAAUACAAGAUGAACAGCCUAUAGCUGACCAAAAUGAUAAACAACCUAUGUCUGAUCGAAAUUACGAGCAACAACAUAUUGAACAAGCUAGUGCUGAUCAAUAUGAACAAGAAUAUAAUAAAAAUUUUGAGCAACAACCAAAUGAAAAACUUAUUGCUGACCCAAAUUACGAGCAGCAUAUUGUUGAACAAAAUUAUGAACAAGAAUAUGUUAAACAACCUAUAACUGACGAAAAUUAUGAGCAACAGCCUAUUGCAGACCAAUAUUAUGAACAACAACAUAUUGCUGAUCAAAACUAUGAGCAAGUAUACGAAGAACAAUCUAUAGCUGAUGAAAGUUAUGAGCAACAGCCUAUUGCGGAUCAAUAUUAUGAUCAACAACAUAGUGAACAACCUGUAGCUGGCCAAAAUUAUGUACAAGAAUAUGAUGAAGAACCUAUAGUCGACCAAGAUUAUGAUCAACAGUAUAAUAAACAACCUAUUGCUGACCAUUAUCAGCUAGAAUAUAAUGAACAACCCAUUGCUGACGAAAAUUAUGAACAACAAACUAUUCCUGAUCAAUAUCAUGCACAACCUGUUGCUGAAUAUUAUGAGGAAGCAAAUCAUGAACAUCCUAUAGCUGACCAAAAUGAUGAAGAACCUAUGUCUGACCGAAAUUACGAUCAACAACAUGUUGACCAAGCUACUAAUGAUCAAUAUGAACAAGAAUAUGAUGAGAAAAUUGUUUCUGGUCAAGAUUAUGAGCCACAACAUAUUGUUGACCAAAAUUAUGAGCAAGAACAUGUUAAACAACCUAUUGCUGGCGAAAAUUAUAAGCAAGUUUAUGAUGAACAACCUUCGCCUGAACAAUAUUAUGAGCAACAACCAAAUGAACAACGUAUUGAUGACCAAGAUUAUGAGCAACAUAUUGUUGGCCAAAAUUAUGAACAAAAAUAUGUUGAGCAACCUGUAACUGAUGAAAAUUAUGAUGAACAGCCUACUGCGGACCAAUUUUAUGAUCAACAACAUAGUGAACAACCUGUAGCUGACCAAAAUGAUGUAGAAGAAUGUGAUGGACAAUCUAUUGCUGACCAUUAUGAAGAAGCACAUAUUGACCAACCUGUUGAUGAAUGUUAUGUGCAAGAAUAUGAUGAACAAUCUACUGCUGACGAAAAUUAUGACCAACGAACUAUUCCUGAUCAAUAUAAUGAACAACCAAUUGCUGAAUAUUAUGAGGAAGCACAUGAUGAACAGUCUAUGGUUGACCAAAAUGAUGAAAAACCUAUAACUGACCGAAAUUACGAGCAACAACAUGUUGACCAAGGUACUGCUGAUCAAUAUGAACAAGAAUAUGAUGAGAAACCUGUUUCUGACCAAGAUUAUGAGCCACAAUAUAUUGUUGACCAAAAUUAUGAGCAAGAACAUGUUAAACAACCUAUUGCUGGCGAAAAUUAUAAGCAAGUUUAUAAUGAACAACCUUCGCCUGAACAAUAUUAUGAGCAACAACCAAAUGAACAAUUUAUUGAUGAUCAAGAUUAUGAGCAACAUAUUGUUGGCCAAAAUUAUGAACAAAAAUAUGUUGAGCAACCUGUAACUGACGAAAAUUAUGAUGAACAGCCUACUGCGGACCAAUUUUAUGAUCAACAACAUAGUGAACAACCUGUAGCUGACCAUUAUGAAGAAGCACAUAAUGACCAACCUGUUGGUGACCGUUAUGAGCAAGAAUAUGAUGAACAACCUACUGAUGACGAAAAUUAUGACCAACGAACUAUUCCUGAUCAAUAUAAUGAACAACCAAUUGCUGAAUAUUAUGAGGAAGCACAUAAUGUACAACUUAUAGCUGACCAAAAUAAUGAACAACCUGUUGCUGAUCAAAAUUAUGAGCAAGUAAAUGAUGAACAAACUUUGCCUGACCAAUAUUAUGACCAACAAUCCAAUGAACAGCCUAUUUCUGAGCAAAAUUAUGAGCAUCCUGUAGCUAACCAAUAUGAGGAAUCACAUCAUAAACAGCCUAAUACUGGACAAAAUUAUGAGGAACAACCUGUUGCUGACCAAAAUUAUAAGGAACAACCUAUUGCUGACCAAAAUUAUAAGGAACAACCUAUUGCUGACCAAAAUUAUAAAGAACAACAUAUUGCUGACCAAAAUUGUAAAGAACAACCUAUUGCUGAACAAAAUUAUGUGGAACUGCCUAUUGCUGAACAAAAUUAUGAGGGACUGCCUAUUGCUGAACAAAAUUACGAGAAAGAACCUCUUGCUGAACAAAAUAAUAAUGAACAACCUUUUUCUGUCCAACUACAUAAUGUGCAAUCUGUUGCUGACCAAAAUAUGGAACAAACUAUAGCUGACCAAAGUAAUGAUCCACAGCCAGCUACAAACAACACUGUGCUGACAACUGCUAACAAAGAUUUUGUGAACUUCUCACUUGAAGAAAGCCAAUUUAUUCUUUUUACUGUACCAUCAACGAAUGACUCGAUUUUGAUGUAA